CGCCCCGCCGCGCCCGGGGAGGCGGGGGGAGGGUCGGGGCUGGAGCCGCAGCCGGAGCCGAUGGCGGCCGCCGAGCCGCCGGGAGCCGUGGAGCUGCCGCAGCUGGCGGAGAAUCUGCUCUGCCGGCUGCAGGAGAAUUUUCAGGCUCUGACGGAAAAGUUAACGCUGAGCAUGGAAGAAAUGGGCGAGCGCAUCAGUGACCUUGAGAAACGUGUUGCUGACCUGAUGACAGAGGCUGGGGUAGAAAAUAGCRAUGAAGAGUUGAGAGUAAAGACCAUUACUUAAGUUUUGAUGUAUUUUWUGUAUUUCCAUUUAGUUUUGAGUGAUGGGCAGCAACUUGCAUUAAAAUGGUGUUUACAUACUUAUUGUCCCUGCAUUUUCUUGGAUGUGAAAGUGUUAUUUAAAAUUACCUAGGAUUUGUUUUUUGCCAAGAACCAAAGAAUGUGACCACUUUUACAAAAGAAAACCUGUAUCUUGCUGCCUCUGUUCCAGUUGAGUGCCAUAUACAAAGGGCAGUGCUAACUCAUCCCAAGUAUGUAAACUGAGGCACAUUCCACCAUUCCUAAUGAAAUGCGUGUGGCUUAAAGUGCUUCUGCCCACCAUUCCUGUCCCUCAGGUAUGCUGACCUAGCUGAGGAUCCUCAUUGCUAUAAAUUUAUGUACAUCGGCUUUUAAACCUGCUACAGCUUCCCAGUGUGACUCAGAGCACACCUCUCACAUGCACUCACCCCAAUCACAGCACGAAAUUAUAAUCAAUCACUUUAUAAUAUAAAAACACACUGCAUUUCAGGAUUGURUGCUGGAUUUUUUAUCAGUCUGUUUCAAAUGCCACACCCUUCCCUGGAUGGCUGACUCCACGUUCUUAGUAUUUAGAGGCAGCACUGCUUCCGUGUUCUGUGGAUGCAAGUGAUGUUGUCAUCCUGUUGUUGACACUUUCUUGAUUCAAAUGGAGACAUAUCAACUAUUGUCACUGAAACUCCUUAACCAGUGAAAGACAGGAGUGUCUGUAAAUAUUCUGAACUAAUUUAGCUAUCUAUUCAUUCUGAUGAUUUUUGCAUAAGCUAUGCAGUAGUUCUCAGAAAUACAGAAAGACAAUCCACAAAGAUGUUUUUAACGGUACAGAGAUCUUCCUAUCUCUAUGCUGAAUUACAUUCAUUAAUAAAUCACUAACCUACUUAUUCACUGUAUCUUUGCAGCACUAAAAUAAGGUGUUCAAGAAAGAUUAAAGGCAGAACACUGCACUGACUCUGAUCAAGUGUCACAUUGACAAAAAAUGUUAAGGGAAAACAAACAUGUUUGCAUCAUGUCAUGACAGAGUCUUGAAAAAAAMUUUUAAACUGUUGCCCCAGGAGAAAAGUAGAAAGCUGGGUUUAUUCAUUUAAGUGGGGAACUGUUUCCCAAAGCUGAGAAAGACCUGUUAGCUUCAGAGAAGGUAAAGCCACUAUUUUGGGAAGAAAACAAUAUCCUGUAUGGCGAACUUACCCAAUCACAGAUUUUUUCAAUGUAUGAAAAUGUAUUUAAUAUUAAAACAGUAAGAUACGUUGCCUUUUUAGCUUGAAUGUUCUUACAAUAACAAGAUCCUUCUAUGACAAAACUUUUGUUUGUGCCAUUUUGUUAGUUCUUGAAAUGUUUUACAUCACAAAAUGCACCUUUUUGAUGAUACUACAAAGGUGCCUUGCAAAACAUCAGAUGUCAAAUAACAUGAACCAAACCAUUCUGUACUAAAAAAUAUUGCAGUAUUUUCAGACUGCAACUGCUCUAUUGUUGAUCUUUUCACAACGCCACCCAAAGCUAUACACACCARAGUGAUAACAUCACCCAGGUAUUUMUAUUGUAACAAUUUCAGUUCUUCAGUGUUAGCUGUUUUGAUGAAAGGUGUUUAUUUUAAAGACCUGGAGAUARAUGAGGAAUUCUAGUUACCAAACGUGUCCCAAAGAAGAAAUUGGUAGUCAGAAAACUGGACAUCUGCACUAACUUUAAGGUGGUUGUACAAAACAUUGGCACUUUUUACAGGAAAGGUUUAGUUUGAAAUCUAAUGGGAACCUCUUAUCAUAAAUGCAGAAACUGAAGCAUUGCCAGGUAAACAGAAUACCUCAGCUAAUGAGGGAGAAAUAAAUGCUUCUAUUCCAGCCUUCAUUAAUAUCAAGAAAUCAAGUCUAUGCCAGUGUAGACUUGCAAGCAACUCACUGGGCAGCAUUGGCACAAGUAGGCCAGCAAGUCAUUCCCCUCCGUUCACCCUGCUGGGACACCACACCCACAAUACUGUAGUAAUUUGGGAGCUUCGCAUUUCAAGAGAUGCAGUGGUGUGACAGAGAUAAAACAGAGCCACCAAAAUAUAGUGGAGUACGGGGGAUAAAAGGGUUUGUGGGGGAUUGUUAGUUCACCCUUAAGACGAUGUUCAGCCUUAAAAGGCUUCUUGCUGCCAGCCACUAGCCCAUGGAACACACACUGAUUGAAGGUGUUGUACACAAUUACUGAAACUGAAUUACAAGCUGAAACAGAAAAUUUCAGCUAGAUGCCAGGAACACCUUUCCCAACUGUGCAGGUGCUCAAACAGGUAACAGGAGUUUCARAAAGGCUGAGGAAUCUCCAUCCUUAGAGAACGCAGAAUCAUCAAGGUUGGAAGACACCGUGAAGAUGAUCUAGUCCAACCAAGUAACUCUACACUGGACACAAUCCUGGGCAACCUGACCAUGUGCCACCUACUAUGACUGGGAGGCUGGUGGUCCCUUCCAACAAAAACUAUUCCAAAAUUGAUAACCACUGUCAACCAGAUCAACUUCAGCAGAAAUUGAGAGCCUUUUGUUUUACUUCCUCGAUGCUUUCCAAAUCCUCUAAAACAAACUUGGAAGUAUAUUCUUAGUCUUGUGACAAACUGGAUUUCAUCUUUCUGGAGAAAGGAGCUAGCCUGGCUAGGUUUUAAUUAAUCCUGUAAAUUUGCAUGUAUCCUUUUAAAAAUCAAACCCCCGUACACACACACCAACUCAGUUACCAUAAAAGUUGUGAGAAAUGCAAAUGGAAAUUUCAAAAGCUAUGCCACAGUGGAAUCCAAUCCAAGUCUCCCAAGUCUCCUGCGAGACAUUUUGAUAUACCAUGAGACAAUCUGGAGGUCAAGUGACAGUACGGCUUGCAGUUUCUUCGGCUGCUGACUGCAGCCAGCCCCAGAAUGCAAAUAUGCUUUGGCACUGCAAAAUCCACCAAGUGCUUCAAAGUGCCUCCUGAGCGCACUACCACACGGAAAAGGAGUCUGGCAUCACAAGUCCAUUAAGCUGAUGGAGGUGUGGUGGUGAGCAAAGUGAUGGGAGAUGUUUUCUGUGAGCUUUGCUAAAUAUUAAUAAGUAGUAUUUAUUAUAAUAUAUAUUAUGUA